AUGAUGGGAAGAUCACCGUCGUCGGACGAAAACGGGCUGAAGAAAGGGCCGUGGACGCCGGAGGAGGACCAAAAGCUGGUGGAUUACAUUAGGAGAAAUGGACAUGGAAGUUGGAGAGCACUGCCAAAGCUUGCAGGGCUUAACAGGUGUGGCAAAAGUUGCAGGCUCAGAUGGACAAACUAUCUGAGGCCUGAUAUCAAGAGGGGAAAGUUCACUGAGGAUGAAGAGAAGCUCAUCAUCAACCUUCAUGCUGUUCUUGGCAACAAGUGGUCCACCAUAGCAGGACAUCUGCCAGGGCGGACCGAUAACGAAAUCAAGAACUUCUGGAACACCCAUUUAAAGAAAAAGCUUCUCCAAAUGGGAAUUGAUCCGGUAACCCACAGACCUAGAACUGAUCUAAACAUUCUCUCCAAUCUUCCUCAAUUGAUUGCUGCUGCUAACUUUGCCACCACCUUCCUCAACAACACCAGCAACAAUAAUAAUCCCUUCUCAUUAGACACCUCCAAUCUUAGGCUCUCCUACUCUGAUACCGCGCAACUCGCAAAAUUCCAAGUUCUUCACAACUUCUUGCAAGUCCUAAACACUACUACCACUGGUACUAGUACUUCUGCUAAUGCCACCACCCCGAGUCUCGAAGCGAUUUACAACCUUUUAGGGUCAUCAUCCUCGUCCUCAACAAUUAUGGACCGUCAGCCUUGUGUUGACGAGUAUUUGCGAUUGAUGGAACAUUCUAGGCUCGAUGAUGCUUUCGGCCAUGGCCCUCAUCUUGUUGAUGCCGGUUUUGGUCCACAUAAUCCUAGUACUACUCGUAUCCAAAGCAGUACCAGCACUUUUCCAAAUACAGAAUUAGCCCCUCAUCAAGAUGCUCAUCACGUCUUAAUACCACCAAUUACUACUAAUCAUCCCAUUAGCACAGCUAGUAACCCUCUUGGAAUAGUUAAUCAUCAACUAGCUUGCAAUAAUAAUCAACUUCCUCACUUGGUUUCUGUGGCCUCAUCACCUGAUGAUCAUCAUGAUCAUGAGACUGCUACAAUACUUUCUAAUAGAAUUAUUAACCAAAAUUAUAAGGUUAAUAACAACCCGAAUAAUAAUACUGAUCAUCUUUCUAAUCCUAAUUCAUCCACCACUUCAACCACCUUUGAAGCAUGGGGAGAUCUUAUAGAUGAUGAGACAACCGACUCUUAUUGGAAGCAUAUCAUGGAGUAA